AAGUGGUGGUGGCUGAGUAAACAUGCGACUGCCAAUCGGGCAAACUUCUGGCGCCAACGUUCGCUUGCAACAUUUUAAUGCACUGGAUGUUUUUCUUAAAGUUGAGAGGCUUGAUUGGACAAAAGAAGAUAUGAGGACGGUCCUACGGGUACACUUCAGUAGCAAAAUCGUACUUUAAACCCAAGAAAGAAUCAAUCAAAGCGGCCGGAAAAAAACCUAGGCUUAUUUUCAAGGCAACAUUAAUCCAUCUUCACGAGCACAGCACCUGGACCCACCAGUGGCGAACCUGUGUCCCCCCUCGUCCCCAGCAGCUACAGCGUGAGAGGAAGAACCAGUUGAAGCACAGUCGAACCAGUACCCCACAUUGUCCGCUUUUCCGAGGAGAACCAACCAAAGCAGCGUGAGAGGAAGAGGAAGAGGGCAACAAUUAUAGCAGAAUAAAGGGUCCAGAACGAAGGACGAAGAAACAAUAGCGGAGCAAAAAUAGCAGGGCAACAAAGACGACAAGUCAGAACAUAUAAACAAUGGCAGCGCAACAGAGUCCGGAACGAAGAACCAUAUAAAGGAACCAGAAUAAAGGAUACAAAGAACCAUAUCAGAACGAAGAAGACAAUUACCUGAUUCACGAGCAGAUUGAAGAAGGGGAAGCACUACAGCUCUGAGACGGAGGGGGCAACAGAUUAACUUCUAGCUCUGCAAAACUAUUGCGUGGUUUAGAAAUGGUGCCGCGUGGUUAAUGCUUUCCAAUCAGUUAUUGUGUUUCCGUGAUUUGCUGAACUUAAUUUAACUUCGGCCAUUGAUAAUGCUCCAAACGCGAGCUCACUCGCACUUGUUUUCCCGCCAUCGCAGUUUGGAAAUCAUCGCUGUACCACCAAAUUACUCAGAACUCCUUCCUGAAAAGCUGCUUUCUAUUUUGAAAAAAUGUUCAUUCACCAAACACUUUCGACAAAUUCAUGCCCAAAUGAUUGUGAAUUCAAUAGACAAACCCAACCAUUUACUCUCGAAAAUCAUUGAUCUCAAAAACUUUACCUACGCCUCUCUUCUUUUCUCUCAAAUCCCUGAACCCGAUGACUACGCCUUUAAUGUCAUGAUUCGUAGUUUAGCCACCACAUGGCAUGAGUACCCUCUUGUUCUUCACUUAUAUUACCAAAUGAAAUUCUUGGGCAUAAAGCCCAACAAUUUUACGUACCCGUUUUUGUUCAUUGCUUGCGCUAACCUUUUGGAGAUUAAUCACGGCCGUGCUGCCCAAUCGUCUGUGAUUAAAGUUGGAUUGAACGUGGAUAAUUACACAAGUCACUCAUUGAUAACCAUGUAUGCUAGGUGUAAUGAACUGGGUUAUGCGCGAAAGGUGUUUGAUGAAAUUAGUGAGAAAGAUUUGGUUUCGUGGAACUCCUUGAUUUCAGGAUACUCAAAAUUGGGUUAUGCAAAGGAGGCAGUGGAGUUAUUUGGGGAAUUGAAGGAUGCUGGGUUUGAACCUGAUGAAAUGACUCUGGUCUCUGUUCUUGGCGCUUGUGGGGAGCUAGGAAAUUUAGAUUUGGGGAGAUUGGUGGAGGAGUUUGUCGUGGAACACAAAAUGACCGUGAACUCCUACAUAGGUUCUGCCUUAGUAAGUAUGUAUGCGAAGUGUGGUGAUUUGGCAUCUGCCAGAAGGAUCUUUGACAGUAUGGCUAAAAGAGAUAUCAUCACAUGGAAUGCCAUGAUAACAGGAUAUGCCCAAAGUGGAAUGGCAGAUGAAGCAAUUGUGCUAUUUCAUGGCAUGGGAGGGGAACAUAUUGAUCCAAAUAAAAUCACAUUAUCAGGGGUGCUGUCAGCCUGUGCCUCCAUUGGGGCUUUGGAUUUGGGGAAACAUAUUGAUAAAUAUGCUUCACAAAGAGGAUGGCAACAUGAUAUUUUUAUAGCCACGGCAUUGAUUGAUAUGUAUGCUAAGUGUGGGAGUUUGGAGGAUGCACUGAAAGUUUUUCAAGAAAUGCCCAGAAAGAAUGAGGCUUCUUGGAAUGCAAUGAUAUCUGCACUUGCUUCUCAUGGUGAAGCCAAGGAAGCCCUGUCACUGUUUAAACUCAUGGCAGAGGAAGGCGGCUAUGCACGGCCUAAUGAUAUAACGUUUGUUGGGUUGCUUUCUGCAUGUGUGCAUGCAGGCCUGGUUAAUGAGGGCUAUAGAUUAUUUGAUAUGAUGAGCACAUUGUUUGGAUUAAUUCCAAAAAUUGAGCACUACUCCUGCAUGGUGGAUCUUCUGGCACGUGCUGGCCAUCUAUAUGAAGCCUGGGAUCUCAUUGAGAGAAUGCCUGAAAAGCCAGAUAAGAAGCCUUUUCAUGCUGGAAGGAGAGAGCACACUGACAGAAGGAGACAGCAUGAAUUUGAACUCUGUCUCAUCAUCACCAUUAUUCAACUCAUCAUCAUCCUGGUCUCCUUUGCUAUAGAGGGUUUGUGUGAUUUAGGUGGCAAGAUGUUUGAGUGGGAUCAAACCCUAGAUGAGGUGAAUAUUUACAUAAACUUACCUCCAAAUUUAUGAGGCAAUUCUAUUGCAAGAUGCAGUUGAAGCACGUUGAAGUUGGCAUGAAAAGCAAUUCUCCAUCUCUCAAUCACGACCCUACUUGCCUGGUGAAGACAGAUACUUUUUUCUGGACAAUAGGUUGUGCUGACGGAUUUUGGCCUGGCCAAGCAAUUUGAAAGUAAUACAAGAUCUAAUUCCUUGUGUGGAACAAUAGAGUAAAUGGAACCUGUACUGAGAUAUUUGAGUUAAGUGCAUCCCAAGGUCCUGAGGUGGGGUUGGAAUUUUUCAAGCGUGUGCAAUAUUUUAGGGUGUUGAUAUAUGGUGGUGAUGGAAGUGUUGCACGGGUCCUUGAUGCAAUAGAAAAACACAAUUUUGAGCCACCUCCACCUGUUGCAGUUCUCCCCCUAUGUACUGGAAACGAUUUGUCAAGGUUACUAAAUUGGGGAGGAGGCUUCUCUGCCCUUGACACACGAGGUGGUUUGACUAUGAUUUUGCAAGAUGUUAGCAAUGCAGCAGUUACAAUGUUGGAUCACCGGGCAGUAAAUAUUACAGAAGAAACCUCAGAAGGAAAAUGGAAAAAAAUGAAAUCUAAAUUCAUGAAGAACAACCUAGGUAUCUGAAACAAUUGUCAAAUAUUGUUUCUUGAGAACUAUUGACAGAAAGAUGGCAUAUGAAUUUCAUGUUACUCGUGAAGUAUAUCCUGAGAAAUUUUGCCGUCAGGUAAAGGUUCUUCUUUCUUGGUAUUUUAUAGUUGUAAGAUGUUUAUUCAUACUGCACCCUGUCAAUUUUAAGGUAGCUUUCAAAGCACAUGGUGUAAGUUACAAUCUCCAAGGCUGAACAAUAUUUGAAAGCACUGCUACGUACAGUAAAUAAUGGAUGGCUGUGAUUAUUUUAAAUAGCCCAACUUUUGGACAUUGGCUGCUUGAUGGAACAUUGGAACUAACUGCGAAAAAGGGCCUCCUGACACUUAUUUGUAUCAUUUGUCCAGCGCGUCGAGGGGUCACAGUGCUGAUAUCUUCUACUUCCCUCCCAGGACACGUUCUUAUAUAUUAACCUUCAAUAAGUACAAUUUUAUUUUCCUACAAUUAUAUAUCUGAAAUAAUGCCCUAUAAGAUGUACAUCCUUUAUUUUUAUUUUGCCUGGGCUAGAGGUACAUGCAGGCAUUAUUUCAAAAUUUAGUUGUUUGGAAGAGAAAGCUAUUACAUCUCAAAUGCUCAUCUAAUUCAGUACAAUCCUGUUAUUUUCCCAUAUCAUUUUUGCCAAGCACAAAGAUAAACCUAAUGCAAUAAUCUCGUUUUUUAAUUGGAAUUUUUAACGGCAUGUGCUUUGUAUAAUUCAUCCCUCCCUACUCUAUUCUGAAAGUCCAACGGGGCAUUCUUCUUCCACUGGCCAUUUCAAACGAUGAAUCUCUCAAGAAUGGUGGUGUUGAGAUUGUAAAGUAAAAAGCUUUUUUGUAGUAAGUUUUUUUUUCCCCAAGAUUUGAUCUUGAUUUUUGUUCUAGAUAAAAUCUUAUUGUUUUUUAUAUUGAUUGUAGAUAUGGAUUUUCAUAUUGAUCAUGGCUUUAUUUUUUAAUGUUUUACAUCCUAGAUUUGUUUAAAAUUUGGCGACAGAACUGGAAGAGCAGCUGCUGUUUAAUUACUUUUUUACUUGAGGUAGAAUCAUAUGGUUUUUUAUAUUUCUGACAUGGAAGUUGAUUUUUGUUCUUUGAUGUUUGGUUUUUCAAUGUUGGUGGAUGCCCAGGCUCUAAAAAUUUACGUUAUGUUUGGUUGGAGAGGCGGGAAGAGGGGAAAGAUUUUGAUGAAAAGGAAAUGAGGUAAGGGAGGGGUAGGGGAGGGAGAAGAGGAAUCCUCCCAAUUUGGAGGGGAGACUCAAGGGGAAAAUUGUUCCUCCUCUCCCCUUCCGUUGUAAUUUUGCAUGAGCUGGCUUCUUCAGUACAUACCAUACAUAUCCUCAGCGAGCUGCUUUUAUUUCAUCUCUUUGAAUUUAGAAGAGAUAAUGCCUUCUUCUUAUUAGUUUUGCCAAUUUCUGUCUGUACCACCAUUAAUUUUAUGUCAUCAUUAUUCCGGUGCUGAGGAUAGUAACAGAAUUGUCAAAGAAUUGGAACAGGGCGAGGCAGUUGUACCUAUGCAUGUGGUCGGCCUGAGACACUUGAUAAAUUGUACAUUUUGGCUCACUUCUCCAUAAGUUGGAGGUUUUUAGUUUUCCUUUUUU